AUGAGCGCUCCCAAUGACUAUGAGGCGGUCCGCGCAGACAUUGUCGCGCAGUUGAAGAAACCCGAUUAUGACGAUGGAAGCGCAGGUCCGGUGUUUGUGCGACUAGCAUGGCACUCCUCGGGUACAUAUGAUCUCGCCACAGACACCGGUGGCUCCAAUGGCGCCGGCAUGCGAUAUGAAGCAGAAGGUGGUGACCCAUCCAACGCAGGCCUGCAGCACGGUCGGGCCUUCCUAGAACCCGUCAAGGAGAAGCACCCAUGGAUCACAUACUCGGACCUCUGGACAUUAGCCGGUGUCGUAGCGAUCAAAGAAUUAGGUGGACCCGAGAUCCCCUGGCAAGGCGGACGGACAGACCUAGUGGAUGACUCAAAGGUUCCACCACGAGGUCGCCUACCGGACGGUGCCUUGGGCGCGGAGCACCUGCGCUUCAUCUUCAACCGCAUGGGCUUCAACGACCAGGAGAUUGUAGCGCUGGCCGGUGGACACAACCUCGGUCGAUGCCACGGGGACCGUAGCGGAUUCGAGGGCCCGUGGGUGACAAAUCCGACACGCUUCUCGAACUCGUUCUUCAAGUUGCUGUUACAGCUGGAUUGGAAGCCUCGGACGUUGGCGACGGGUAUGACGCAGUUUGUGUAUGAGGAUCCGGAGGCUGAGGAGGGUGAGGAGCCUUUGAUGAUGCUGCCGACUGAUAUGGCGCUCAAGACUGAUCCUGCUUUCUUGCCGUGGGUGCAGAAGUAUGCGGAAGAUAAGGAUUUGUUCUUUGAUCACUUUGCUAAGGUGUUUGCGAAGCUGAUUGAGCUGGGUAUUCAGCGUGAUGCGAAGGGUGCCAUCCUCAACACUGAUAACGUGAUGGGUGGAUAUGUUUCGGCACCGAAGAAGAGCAACACUCCCACUGGGCCCAUCAAGAAGAAGAGUGAACCUCGUGCCCGUCUAUAG